AUGUAUCUCAAUACUGACGAUUCCAUCAUGCCAUCCACCAUUGGCAGAAACCACCAACUCCUUGCUGAGGCAGCAGAAAAAGGAAGCCAAAAAGCUAUGGAGAAGCUGGCAGCUGACAUGCUCUUUGGAUAUAAUGGUCCUCAAAAUGUAAAAGCAGCUGUAUCACUAUAUAAGAUUUUAGCCGAAGAGGGGUCCCAUAAAGGCCAGACUGCAUUAGGAUUUUUGUCAUCAUAUGGAAUAGGAGUGGAAUAUAAUCAGGCAAAGGCACUUGUAUAUUACACAUUUGCUAGUAUCGGAGGAAAUCUUAUAUCUCAGAUGAUCAUGGGUUAUCGUUACUGGCUAGGAAUCAAUGUUCCAAAGAAUUGUGAAGCAGCACUAAUUAAUUAUAAGAAAGUUGCAAAUUUCAUAGCUAACAAAUUAGAAAAAAAUGAAUAUAUGCCAGUUGAAAAAGCGAGGCUGAUGGAAAGACCAGAAAAUCUGAGUUCUAAUGCAGAAUUCUUGGACUGGGAUUUACAUCAAUACUAUAAGUUUUUGGCUGAAAGAGGAGACACGCAUAUACAGGUGUAUCUUGGGCGGCUGCAUCUUGUGGGAAGAAGAGGACUAGAAAGAGAUCAUGCAAAAGCUUUCUACUACUUCCUAAAAGCAGCAAAUGCAGGGAAUGCAAAUGGGAUGGCAUUCCUUGGAAAGAUGUAUUUAGAAGGAAGUACUGUUGUGACUCAGAGUAAUAUAACAGCUUUGAAGUUCUUCAGAAUGGCGGCAGAUAAGGGUAAUUCUGUUGGAUUCUGGGGGCUUGGUCUCCUGUAUUUAAAUGGUAGAGGUGUCCCACUGAAUUACACUGAAGCUUUAAAAUGUUUUCAAAAAGCAGCUGAGAAAGGACUUGCCGAUGCCCAAUUUCAGCUAGGAGUCAUGUAUCAUAGUGGUUCAGGAGUGAGGAGAGAUUUUAAACUUGCCUUCCGAUAUUUUUAUUUGGCAUCUCAAAAUGGCCAACCCCUUGCAGUAUACUAUUUGGCUCAGAUGUAUGCUGAAGGAACUGGAGUGUUCAGAUCAUGUCAAAAUGCAGUUGAACUUUACAGAACCGUAUGCGAGUUAGGAGGAUGGUCAGAAAAGUUCCUGACAGCAUACUUUGCUUACCAGUCUGGUAAUAUAGAUUCAUCUUUUGUUCAAUAUGCCUACCUAGCUGAAAUGGGCUAUGAAGUAGCUCAGAGUAAUUCAGCUUACAUCAUGGAAUCUGAAAAGGUUAAACUUCUACAGAGAAGUCACAUAUACCCAUUGGCUCUUCUAUUAUGGAAGCGAGCUGCAAGUCAAGGCAAUGCGUUUGCCAGAGUUAAAACUGGAGAUUAUUACUUCUAUGGCUUUGGAACAACAAAAGAUUAUGUAACAGCAGCAGUUCAUUAUAACCUUGCUGCAGAUCAACAGAGUGCGGAAGCCAUGUUCAGUCUGGCAUACAUGUAUGAACAUGGUUUAGGCAUUCCUCAGGAUAUACAUUUAGCCAGAAGAUGGUAUGACUUGGCAGCUGAAACCGACCCAGAUGCUGUCAUGCCAGUGUUCCUAGCAUAUGUAAGACUCGAGGCUAUGCAUGUGCUUACAUAUCUGCCACUUCUCAAACUUACUGCAGUCGGGAAACUGAUAGCAUUCGAUGGUUUGCUAAGACUACACUGGGAUCUGUUUAUGAUUAUAUUUCUGUUUAUGUUACUGAUAUUGUUAAUAAUCAGUCAGCAAAACUGA